AUGAAAAAGGGGUUUAAAAUAGAGUAUAACUUCGAAACCGUGUAGAUAUGGGAGGAAUCCAUUGAAGCCUUGCAAUUGUAUGAUCCCAACUACGUACAUUUUAUGCUGAUGUAGAAAUAAAUUCAAAUCAAACCGCAGAAUUUGAUUGAGUAUGUUCUCAAUACAAUUGAAUUGAUGGCUCAAGUGCGUGGUUACAACCAAGAUAGCUUUAUCAUUGCUUUGAUUAAUUAUUGUGUAACAUGUUCAUCAUAAACAUUGAAAAGGAAAGAACAAAAAAGAAAUCAAAAUCAUUUAUGACUGGGUUCAUUACUUCUUUUAAAGAAUAAAUUAGUGAUCCUGAACUGUCUUAUUUCACUCAUUUGUUGGAUCCAAACAAAUUGACCGAGAAAACCCCUUCAAUGUUUAAAUUCUAUCUAAAAGUUCGAAAAUACAUUUACACCAAUUACGUUAAUCCUCGAGAAUCGUAUAUCAAGCCAAUCAAAUUCGACGAUUGGGUCACUGUGGUCUCCAAGUUUUUGGAUAAUGCCUCAAUCCCCAUUAUUGGUAACAGGAUAAGGGAUGAAUUGAACAACAACAGCACUGAGAAAGUAUUCAAAAAUACGUAUGAUUAUGUUGCAUUUACGAAAAGAUUAGUAUAUAACCAAUAGAGUUAUUGAUAUUUUGUUACGAAGUCUACGAGAAAUAACAAUUGGAACAAGCCCAAAGGACAAAUUCAGAAUAAAUUCAGAAGGAGGAGUCUGUAGUUGAAUAAUAACAAAAACGUUAGACUGCUUAAUAAUUGGCAUAUAAAAUGAUUAUGCCUAAUAAUUUACAAAAAACACAAGAAGACAAGCAUACCGAUUCAUAACAGAAAGCUAAGUUCAUUGAGGUCAUCAAAAUGCAUGAGAAUUUGGCUUAUAAUUACAAGAUUUUGGCCAAUAAUAUCUCUGACACAUAAGAUAUAGUGGGGCAAUUGAUUCAGAAGGUAUUCUGUUCAAAUUAACUUAGAAUUAAAAUUUUGAUUUUGAUGAUGAUUUCAUCUAGUAAUUGGAACAAGUGGUCAAUUUUAAGUCAUUUAGCAAGAAUGAUGCAAUAAAAGAGUUAGAAGAUUCAAAUAUAUAUGAUUUUAUAUGA